AUGACUGUCAUCCAUAUCGACGUGGCAGAAGAAACUAGGGGUGAUACCAUUCGAGCGAUGAAGUCUCUCAAAACACUAGAUUGUGUAAAGGGCCACCGGCUAGUCGUUGGUGGUCCUUCGAUCAACACUCCACCUGAGAGAACCAAGGGCUUUGAAGUUGUACUUCUCAGUUUGCAUGAGAAUAUGACUUCCUAUGAGGAAUAUCGCGACAGCAAUGAGCACCAGACUAACUACUUCAUACUGAGCCUGUUUUUGCCUGAUAGCAUUACACGGACACACAUUUUUCCAAAUACAAAAGAUAUUUUACGAUAUGAUUUUGAGGUGCCUCCAGAGGAAGAACAUAUGUGGAGUUUCAAUGAACGUGAGAGUGGUUCUUCAUGA